GCGUGGCCGGGCCGUGAUAGAGCACGGCUGGCACUGAAUCAGCGGGAGAGCGAGAUAAGGUGCAGCCGGAGUCGCCGGUUCAAGAGAGAGAUGCACGUGGCCGCGUUGCAUGCGUGUCUGUGGACUUAUGUUGUUAAGUUAAUUUAUAUCAUUAAAGUUUAUAUUUACUGUUAAGCCGGUUCCCGCCUCCUACUUGCCCGUCCUUACCAGUUACAUGGAGAUACAAUUCACAACGAGAAGUGAGUGGCCUCGCUGUCAGCCACGGUUCACUUCAGUCCAUUAGGACCAGAAACAGUUAACCAUCUUCCCGCCUGCAGUGUUGGCCCACACAUCUCAGGACCAUGGAGAGCUCAGGGAUACUGAUAGGACUGAUCAUAGUCAGGAUCUUUACUGUCAUGUGCUGUGGACAAGUUUCCCAAGAACUAUCCUCAGAUGAAACACAAUUGUCCCAGCAGGAAGCGGAGAAAGAUCUUGUUGAAGCUAUGGCUGCACUUUUGGGGAGACACCAGACCCAUCUGCCGUCUACAGAAAAACGUGGCAUUGCACAAUGUGCCAUGGGGUCCCGCUGUGCAAUGAGACUGGGUCCACGCAUUGGGAAACUGUGUGAUUGUGGCAGAGGAUCUAACUGCAACUCAUUUCUUCUUAAAUGCAUAUGAAUCAAAAACCAGUAGAAAACCCCUGAAUUCUCUGACUGUCUAAACUGCAAGACUCCAGUUGUAUAGACAUGCACAGAUGAUGAAUUGAAAGAGAUCGAGGGUGGAAAUAUGUUUGCUUGAUCACUUGCACAGGCUCUGUGAUAAACAGAACUCAAUUAAGUUCAGCAUGAUAGCGCAAACAAAGCAUGGGUUUCAUGUACAUAUUUAUCUGUGUGUGUGUUUUGUGUUAUCAAUAAA